AUGAAACCAGGAGAAAAUUGGGGACUUCCCACCUCAGAGAAAUUUCCGGUGGGUAUUCAACCCUCCAUGCGGGUCCCACCAUGGCGGUCCACAGGAUCACUGCAUAGGGACAAUAAGAAAGGUCUUAAACGCACUGGUCAGGGAGCAGAAGAUCAUGACUUGUUAAGCCCUCAUCAAUAUGGCUUUCGAGCUGGUUUUUCCUGCACAUCCCAACUUAUUCGCCUAUUUCACUCCUGGGCAUCAGCCUUAGAUAAAAACAAAACAUCAGAUGUCGUCUUCUUGGACUUUGAGAAAGCGUUUGACUCAGUCCCACACAAACAUCUCAUCUCUAAGCUUGGCCGAUAUGGUAUCAAUGGUCAGAUUCUCGAGUGGCUAGGUGAUUUCCUGCAAGAUCGUUUCCAACGUGUUGUUCUGGAAGGUGAAAGCUCAGACUGGUCCAUGGUUUACUCUGGUGUCCCUCAGGGAAGUAUUGUUGGGCCAAUGUUGUUCUUGUUGUAUGUCAACGAUAUACCUGAGAACUUAUCGUGUUCAAGUGAAAUGUUUGCCGAUGAUACUCUAUUGUUUAACUCAGAUCAUCCAUCAUCUGUUCAUCAACCUGUGUGUGAAAGCUUGUCUCAGAUCGUAGACUGGUGUAAAAAGUGGCUUUUGAAACUUAAAGCAACUAAAUCCAAAUGUAUGAAAAUCACGAGAUCUAGAUCUGUAACACCUUGCUCGUACAACAUCAAUUCAAUCCCACUGGAACAGGUUAAAACACACAAACAUCUUGGAGUCAUUAUAUCAUCUGACUUAUCUUGGAAACCGCAUGUUCUCUCUGUUGCUGCUAAAGCAAAUAAGAUACUUGGCCUACUAAAGCGCACAUUUGGGAAAAGCUCUGAAGCAAUAUCAAUUGGAUACAAGUCUAUGGUUCGGCCAAUUGUUGAGUAUGCCUGUCCUGUGUGGAAUCCACAUCAACAAUAUCUUUCUGAUAAGCUUGAAAGAGUGCAAAGGAAUGCUUCCAGGUGGAUCCUUGGUAGUUCUAUCGACUAUAGUGAACGUUUGAAAUAUCUCUCGGAGAACAAAAUCGAGGCUUUGCCUGACAAAAUUUUUAAAGGCGUCAAAAACCUCAAAGCUCUGACUGUAGACACCAACCUGAUGUGUUGUCAUUUGACGAAAGAGACCGCGGAUUGUGACUAUGCUUAUGUCGACAUGUCCAGCUUCUCUAGUUGUGAAACUAUGUUCAGAAAUCGAGCUCCUAGGAUAUGUCUCUGGGUGAUCGGAAUUAUGUCGUUGCUUGGUGCUGUGUUUGUGAUCGUGUGGCGGUUGGUGUUUAAGGAGACAAAGGAGAAGAAUAAGAUACAGUCUAUCAUGUUGAUACAUUUGGCCGGGUCUGAUGGACUGAUGGGUAUCUACCUUAUCAUAAUAGGUGUAAUGGAUGCCAUUUGGGCAGGGCAGUAUUUCUUGCAUGACUAUAACUGGCGUUCAAGUUUGUCAUGUCAGAUAACAGGUGCCAUUGCCGUGUUGUCAAGUGAGGUGUCUGUUAUGACGAUUUGUUUGAUAUCCGCCGACCGGGUUAAGAAUAUUGUGUUCCCCUAUCGUGGAAAGUCCCUUACAAUCAAGGUUACGCACCUUUUUUGUUUCCUUAUCUGGAUUGUUGGUGGGGUAACUGCAUUUAUUCCCAUGGUGGGCAUCGAUUACUUUGAUCAGGGCCAAAAAGGUCACCACUUUUAUGGCAGAUCAGUUGUAUGUCUGCCAUUGCAGCUUUCUGCUGAUAAGCCUUCAGGUUGGGAGUACUCUGUUGCCAUGUUUGUUGGUUUUAACUUUACACUUGUGUUGUUCGUCAUUGUGGCCUAUUCCAUGAUUAUCUACCAGUCCUGCACAUCAAACCGGCGCCUGGCUCAGCAAGGGACCGCAAGAGAGAGGAAAUUGAAAGCCAAGCAAAGGGCAGCCGAUCUGAGGAGGGAGGCCUCGCUCGCCAAAAGAGUGUUCUUCAUUGUUCUUACCGACUGUGUCUGCUGGCUGCCUAUUGUGGUGAUUGGAUUGAGGUCUCUCUUGGAAAAUUCCUUCCGUGCACCUGGUGGCCUGGCAGUUUGGAUCGCAGUCUUUGUUCUGCCAGUUAACUCUGCCAUCAAUCCCAUUCUCUAUACUUUAUCAACAAAACAGGUACGACGUAUUCUGAGACCUAAAUUCCAACAGUUCUUGGGCUAUUUGUUGGAAAAGUGUGGACGAAAUCAGAACAAUGAGGGCCAAGAUGAGGGCAUGGAAAUGCGAGUCAUCGAAGAAGUUAUAAUCCAUCGAGAGGCAGAGAGCGAUGACAGCGAUGACAGCGAUGACAGCAAUGACAGUGAUAACGAAUCGAAAGAUCAAAGUGAGCAUGAGCAAAACGCAGAGCAGACCGAUCAUGAACAGCCUGGAGAGAGAGGUGAGAGUGAACAGGAUGAAAAACCAGAGGAAUACCAUGAGGGCCAAUCAGAGCAGAAAAACGAACCUAAAAAACGGGAGGAAGAAUAUGAAGAACAACAUGAGGAUGACAUGGAAGAUGAGCCUGACAAACAGGAAGAAGAAUCGAAAAACCACUGCAAAGAAUCCAAAGGACAAGAUGAAGAUGACAUUGAUGUUGAGCCUGACAAACAAGACGAGGAACUAAAAAAGGACUUCGAAGUAUCUGAAAAGCAAGACGAAGAUGGCAUGGACGAGGAAGCUGGGGAAGACGAAAGACUAAUCGCGAAUAAGG